AUGACUUUCUACUUAAUUGUUUGUAUUUAUUAUUUACCACUGUUUGGAUUAAUUGGAUUAUCAGCGAUCAGUUGUCAACAACAACAACCACCACCAGUGGAUCCAUCAUCAUCUCUGCGUGAUAUCGAUGACAUCAUUGAUGACUAUCAAGAAGAUAGAGACCUAAGAGACCAUUCUCAUCAACGAUCUAAUGGUUCCAGAAUGUUACCAUUUUUUCAACGACCAAGUCUUCUAAAUAUUGUUCGCUUCCCGAAUGAAGAGUGUUUCGAUGCCAGCAACCAAACCGGUACCUGUUAUACACCACUUGAAUGCAAAAAACUCGGUGGCGUUCCCAGUAGUCCCUGUGCUCGCGGUCUGGGUUCCUGUUGUAUAGUAUCGCGAUCGUGUCAUAACACGACCUACAAUAAAGUGGUUUACUUCCGAAAUCCCAGUUACCCGAUGCCCGACAAUCAGCAAAACUUUUGCGACCUAAACGUUAUAGUCUACGACACCGAUGUUUGCCAAUUGAGACUGGAUUUCAUUGACUUCCAAUUGGAUCAGCCAACGUAUGGCAACUGUCUGGGCGACAGGUUCUACAUAUCGGCCUCGGGUUUUGCUCCGAUGAGUGUACCGGUGCUCUGUGGACUUAACCGUAACCAACACAUGUACGUAAGUCUGCCACGAGAUGGGACCGACCGGACGGCAACCAUAGUGUUUGACACUAAUUCUGUUGGCGACUAUCGAUGGCAUAUCCGGAUCACACAAAUCGAUUGCAACUUUCGCAACAAAAAGAAUAUGUUGUCCGAUAGAAAUUCAAGACAAUGGGGUGGUUUUGGAACCGGUUUCGGUGGUCUAGGGUUGGGAUCUAAUCUUCAGGCGCCGUACAUUCCGUUUGUUCCGAGAGCACAUCCGCCUUAUUCAUUGCCAGCGCCUAUGGGUUGUACUCAAUAUUUCACUCAACCGAUGGCCACUCUCGAGAGCUUUAAUUUUGGCGAAUACCUGAAUAACAUGGAUUACGCCAUUUGUAUUGAACGAUUGCCCAAUACGUGUCGGGUCAUAUUUACGGCUUCGGAUUUUCAAUGGUCAAUAGACUCGACCAGUCAGCAGGCCGAGAAUUCGGGUGUCGGCGAUUUGGUCUGCGAUCAGGACUACGUCACCAUUCCUGGUGGUUCACAGACCGGCGAUGGAGACACUAAAGAUCGUUACUGUGGAGGACGACUUAGCUAUAUGUUGAGCGAUACCAACGACCGGCCAGUAAUUAGCAAAGCUAACGGUCCGAUUAUUAUACGAUUUCAUACCGAUGGCUAUCAACGACGCGAUACUACCAAUAAAGAAGGCUUUCGGUUGCGUUACGAGCAAAGCAGUACCGACUGUAUGAUGCAGUUUCCCGAAGUUCCCCCAACACAAGUGGUUGUCCAACAGGUAGUCGCACAGUAUUUGAAAGAAGACUUUCAGCGAAUCGAUUUGGAAAAACAGGAACCGAUAGUCCAUUUGGCCAGACCUGAGACACAGACACACGUCAGGAGUAAUGCCAAACAUAUGAAGUUUUAG